UUCUUCAGCCCGUGAGCGGUAAGCUUUUGUCACAUCACAGCAAGCGCAAGCCAACCACCUCCAGCACCCAAAGUCCCAAUCCAAACGGGCACAGGACACCCGAGUUCGGCUGCCCAAGGAAGGAGACCCGAAGGAGCCUCGCCGCCACAGCUUCGCGAUCUCCCAAGGCGGCGGGCGCGGUCCCUUAGUCGCUUUCCCACCUCUGGUUUCCGCCACCGUUGCCACCGCGCCGCCGCCGCCUUUGAAUCCUCAGAAAUACCCCAAGGAGGGGUUGGUUCUUCCCUCGCCUUCUUCAUACGCGGGAUCUCUUAGACCGAGCGAGAGCCAUGGGGGGGAGCCCGUCGCGGAGCAGCCCGCGGGACGGGAGCGGACACGGGCGGUACGGCCAGUCGCGCUCGUUCCAGCAGCCGCCACAGCGGGGAGGGUACUACGGCCAGGACCCGCAGGUGGCGGGCUACUACGGCGCGCCACAGCAGGGAGGAGGGUACGCCGCGCCGUACCCGGCCCCAGCGUACCAGCCCCCCGCCGCCGCACCGGCGCCGCAGGCCGGGGGAGCACCCAAGCCGCGGCUUGACAGGCGGUACUCGCGGAUCGCCGACGACUACCACUCGGUGGAUCAGGUUACUGAUGCUCUAGCUCAAGCAGGACUUGAGUCGUCAAAUCUUAUUGUCGGCAUUGAUUUCACAAAAAGCAACGAGUGGACAGGGAAAUUCUCCUUCCAUGGACGCAGUUUGCAUCAGAUUAGCAGCACACCAAAUCCUUAUGAACAAGCCAUCUCGAUUAUUGGGCCAACACUGUCGAAAUUUGAUGAAGAUAAUUUGAUUCCAUGCUUCGGAUUUGGAGAUGCAUCAACACAUGAUCAAGACGUCUUCUGUUUUUAUCCUGAUGAGAGACCUUGCAAUGGAUUCUCAGAAGCUCUGGAUCGAUAUAGGGAACUUGUACCACAUUUGCGCUUAGCUGGACCAACAUCCUUUGCACCAAUUAUUGAGAUGGCUAUGACCAUUGUGGAGCAAAGUGGUGGGCAAUACCAUGUUCUGUUGAUAAUUGCAGAUGGGCAGGUUACAAGGAGUGUAGAUACUGCGUCUGGGCAGCUGAGUUCGCAAGAGCAAAAGACUGUUGAAGCCAUUGUGAAGGCCAGUGAAUUGCCUUUGUCCAUUGUGUUAGUAGGAGUUGGUGAUGGCCCCUGGGACAUGAUGAAGGAAUUUGAUGACAACAUUCCUGCUCGAGCUUUCGACAAUUUCCAAUUUGUGAAUUUUUCGGAGAUAAUGUCCAAGAACAUGCCACAAUCAAGGAAAGAGGCUGCAUUUGCUCUUUCAGCGUUGAUGGAGAUACCACAACAGUAUAAAGCGACUGUAGAAUUAGGAAUUUUAGGUCGUCACUCUUUCAAGUCUCAUGACAGGGUUCCUCUGCCUCCCCCUACUGGAAGCCAUGAUGCUUAUUCCUAUGCAUCUAAAAGCUUUAGUAAGCCAACCACCUACGCGCAGAGUUCGUCAUCCUCGUCACCAUAUCCUCCGCACUAUGAAACUCCACAUACCGUUACCCCAGCCGCGCCUUUGUCCACUUACGACAACCAGGUCUGCCCUAUCUGCCUUGUGAACCCCAAAGACAUGGCGUUCGGCUGUGGACACCAGACCUGCUGUGACUGCGGACAGACUCUCGAGUCAUGCCCAAUCUGUCGCACUCCAAUCACUACAAGGAUAAAGCUAUACUAGUAAGUGGUGGUUUGGAUCAUUGCAAAUGGGUGGUAUGCUGGAGCCACCCUGCGUCGCACUGGAAGAUGCAUUGCAAGCCCAAAUUGCAAUCUGUUCUGAGCGGCCCCGCCAUGAACGAUGAAUCGGUCCCAGCCGAAGAUUGCUGGGCUAGCGAUCCAGCGCUCCAAGAUGGAGCAGGAAUGUCCCAGUAUUCAUGCCACCAGGAAUGAUCCGAACCGCAGUGCAUCAUGCAGUGGGUUCCAGAAAUUAUCAAUGGCCAUUAUUAGUUUAUUACCAAAACAAAGGAGAAAAAACAGAAAAGAGAAUCUGGUGGUGGAUCAAACAAUUGCGUGUUGGGUCAUGGCACUCAACUCAUGGUACUCAACUUACAACUUGUGCAUAUGGACGGUCUGACAUCAGGUUUAGAGGAUUCGUUGCGCCCGUGCCGUUUUGUUUCGUCGGAUAUUUGUUAGUUUGUUAUUUGUUUCAUUUUGUAAAAAUCCGCGUUUUUCAUGUAAUCGGAGGUAAAGCUAUACUGGCAUUUGAUUGCUGCUUUUACAACCGAGAGUUUGACGCUGACAUGCCCGCCAGUUGAAUGAAUAGAUGUUGCACUA